GUUCAUCGAAGCUGUGAUACAAUACACCGGUGCCAAAAAAGUCGACGUCAUUGCUCACUCAGUCGGCGUCGUUCUAGCCAGAAAAGCUCUCAAAGGAGGCCUCUGUGUAUGUCAGCUAGCGCAGACGGUACCCGCCUGGUGUAACGCUCUCGAUGGUCUCUACCCAGGAUAUACUUGCCAAGAUCA